GCGCGCUCUCGGACCAAGGCGCGCUCUCGGACCAAGGCGCGCUCUCGGACCAAGGCGCGCUCUCGGACCAAGGCGCGCUCUCGGACCAAGGCGCGCUCUCGGACCAAGGCGCGCUCUCGGACCAAGGCGCGCUCUCGGACCAAGGCGCGCUCUCGGACACAGGCGCGCUCUCGGACACAGGCGCGCUCUCGGACCAAGGCGCGCUCUCGGACACAGGCGCGCUCUCGGACCAAGGCGCGCUCUCGGACCAAGGCGCGCUCUCGGACCAAGGCGCGCUCUCGGACCAAGGCGCGCUCUCGGACCAAGGCGCGCUCUCGGACCAAGGCGCGCUCUCGGACCAAGGCGCGCUCUCGGACCAAGGCGCGCUCUCGGACCAAGGCGCGCUCUCGGACCAAGGCGCGCUCUCGGACCAAGGCGCGCUCUCGGACCAAGGCGCGCUCUCGGACCAAGGCGCGCUCUCGGACCAAGGCGCGCUCUCGGACCAAGGCGCGCUCUCGGACCAAGGCGCGCUCUCGGACCAAGGCGCGCUCCCGGACCAAGGCGCGCUCCCGGACCAAGGCGCGCUCCCGGACCAAGGCGCGCUCCCGGACCAAGGCGCGCUCCCGGACCAAGGCGCGCUCCCGGAUCCAAGGCGCGCUCCCGGACCAAGGCGCGCUCCCGGACCAAGGCGCGCUCCCGGACCAAGGCGCGCUCUCGGACCAAGGCGCGCUCUCGGACCAAGGCGCGCUCUCGGACCAAGGCGCGCUCUCGGACCAAGGCGCGCUCUCGGACCAAGGCGCGCUCUCGGACCAAGGCGCGCUCUCGGACCAAGGCGCGCUCUCGGACCAAGGCGCGCUCUCGGACCAAGGCGCGCUCUCGGACCAAGGCGCGCUCUCGGACCAAGGCGCGCUCUCGGACCAAGGCGCGCUCUCGGACCAAGGCGCGCUCUCGGACCAAGGCGCGCUCUCGGACCAAGGCGCGCUCUCGGACCAAGGCGCGCUCUCGGACCAAGGCGCGCUCUCGGACCAAGGCGCGCUCUCGGACCAAGGCGCGCUCUCGGACCAAGGCGCGCUCUCGGACCAAGGCGCGCUCUCGGACCAAGGCGCGCUCUCGGACACAGGCGCGCUCUCGGACACAGGCGCGCUCUCGGACACAGGCGCGCUCUCGGACACAGGCGCGCUCUCGGACACAGGCGCGCUCUCGGACCAAGGCGCGCUCUCGGACCAAGGCGCGCUCUCGGACCAAGGCGCGCUCUCGGACCAAGGCGCGCUCUCGGACCAAGGCGCGCUCUCGGACCAAGGCGCGCUCUCGGACCAAGGCGCGCUCUCGGACCAAGGCGCGCUCUCGGACCAAGGCGCGCUCUCGGACCAAGGCGCGCUCUCGGACCAAGGCGCGCUCUCGGACCAAGGCGCGCUCUCGGACCAAGGCGCGCUCUCGGACCAAGGCGCGCUCUCGGACCAAGGCGCGCUCUCGGACCAAGGCGCGCUCUCGGACCAAGGCGCGCUCUCGGACCAAGGCGCGCUCUCGGACACAGGCGCGCUCUCGGACACAGGCGCGCUCUCGGACACAGGCGCGCUCUCGGACACAGGCGCGCUCUCGGACCAAGGCGCGCUCUCGGACACAGGCGCGCUCUCGGACCAAGGCGCGCUCUCGGACCAAGGCGCGCUCUCGGACCAAGGCGCGCUCUCGGACCAAGGCGCGCUCUCGGACCAAGGCGCGCUCUCGGACCAAGGCGCGCUCUCGGACCAAGGCGCGCUCUCGGACCAAGGCGCGCUCUCGGACCAAGGCGCGCUCUCGGACCAAGGCGCGCUCUCGGACCAAGGCGCGCUCUCGGACCAAGGCGCGCUCUCGGACCAAGGCGCGCUCUCGGACCAAGGCGCGCUCCCGGACCAAGGCGCGCUCCCGGACCAAGGCGCGCUCCCGGACCAAGGCGCGCUCCCGGACCAAGGCGCGCUCCCGGACCAAGGCGCGCUCCCGGACCAAGGCGCGCUCCCGGACCAAGGCGCGCUCCCGGACCAAGGCGCGCUCCCGGACCAAGGCGCGCUCUCGGACCAAGGCGCGCUCUCGGACCAAGGCGCGCUCUCGGACCAAGGCGCGCUCUCGGACCAAGGCGCGCUCUCGGACCAAGGCGCGCUCUCGGACAAGGCGCGCUCUCGGACCAAGGCGCGCUCUCGGACCAAGGCGCGCUCUCGGACCAAGGCGCGCUCUCGGACCAAGGCGCGCUCUCGGACCAAGGCGCGCUCUCGGACCAAGGCGCGCUCUCGGACACAGGCGCGCUCUCGGACACAGGCGCGCUCUCGGACCAAGGCGCGCUCUCGGACACAGGCGCGCUCUCGGACACAGGCGCGCUCUCGGACCAAGGCGCGCUCUCGGACACAGGCGCGCUCUCGGACCAAGGCGCGCUCUCGGACCAAGGCGCGCUCUCGGACCAAGGCGCGCUCUCGGACCAAGGCGCGCUCUCGGACCAAGGCGCGCUCUCGGACCAAGGCGCGCUCUCGGACACAGGCGCGCUCUCGGACCAAGGCGCGCUCUCGGACCAAGGCGCGCUCUCGGACCAAGGCGCGCUCUCGGACCAAGGCGCGCUCUCGGACCAAGGCGCGCUCUCGGACCAAGGCGCGCUCUCGGACCAAGGCGCGCUCUCGGACCAAGGCGCGCUCUCGGACCAAGGCGCGCUCUCGGACCAAGGCGCGCUCUCGGACCAAGGCGCGCUCUCGGACCAAGGCGCGCUCUCGGACCAAGGCGCGCUCUCGGACCAAGGCGCGCUCUCGGACCAAGGCGCGCUCUUGGACCAAGGCGCGCUGUCGGACCAAGGCGCGCUCUCGGACACAGGCGCGCUCUCGGACACAGGCGCGCUCUCGGACCAAGGCGCGCUCUCGGACACAGGCGCGCUCUCGGACACAGGCGCGCUCUCGGACCAAGGCGCGCUCUCGGACACAGGCGCGCUCUCGGACCAAGGCGCGCUCUCGGACCAAGGCGCGCUCUCGGACCAAGGCGCGCUCUCGGACCAAGGCGCGCUCUCGGACCAAGGCGCGCUCUCGGACCAAGGCGCGCUCUCGGACCAAGGCGCGCUCUCGGACCAAGGCGCGCUCUCGGACCAAGGCGCGCUCUCGGACCAAGGCGCGCUCUCGGACCAAGGCGCGCUCUCGGACCAAGGCGCGCUCUCGGACCAAGGCGCGCUCUCGGACCAAGGCGCGCUCUCGGACCAAGGCGCGCUCUCGGACCAAGGCGCGCUCUCGGACCAAGGCGCGCUCUCGGACCAAGGCGCGCUCCCGGACCAAGGCGCGCUCCCGGACCAAGGCGCGCUCCCGGACCAAGGCGCGCUCCCGGACCAAGGCGCGCUCCCGGACCAAGGCGCGCUCCCGGACCAAGGCGCGCUCCCGGACCAAGGCGCGCUCCCGGACCAAGGCGCGCUCUCGGACCAAGGCGCGCUCUCGGACCAAGGCGCGCUCUCGGACCAAGGCGCGCUCUCGGACCAAGGCGCGCUCUCGGACCAAGGCGCGCUCUCGGACCAAGGCGCGCUCUCGGACCAAGGCGCGCUCUCGGACCAAGGCGCGCUCUCGGACCAAGGCGCGCUCUCGGACCAAGGCGCGCUCUCGGACCAAGGCGCGCUCUCGGACCAAGGCGCGCUCUCGGACACAGGCGCGCUCUCGGACACAGGCGCGCUCUCGGACACAGGCGCGCUCUCGGACCAAGGCGCGCUCUCGGACCAAGGCGCGCUCUCGGACACAGGCGCGCUCUCGGACCAAGGCGCGCUCUCGGACACAGGCGCGCUCUCGGACCAAGGCGCGCUCUCGGACCAAGGCGCGCUCUCGGACACAGGCGCGCUCUCGGACACAGGCGCGCUCUCGGACCAAGGCGCGCUCUCGGACACAGGCGCGCUCUCGGACCAAGGCGCGCUCUCGGACCAAGGCGCGCUCUCGGACCAAGGCGCGCUCUCGGACCAAGGCGCGCUCUCGGACCAAGGCGCGCUCUCGGACACAGGCGCGCUCUCGGACCAAGGCGCGCUCUCGGACCAAGGCGCGCUCUCGGACCAAGGCGCGCUCUCGGACCAAGGCGCGCUCUCGGACCAAGGCGCGCUCUCGGACCAAGGCGCGCUCUCGGACCAAGGCGCGCUCUCGGACCAAGGCGCGCUCUCGGACCAAGGCGCGCUCUCGGACCAAGGCGCGCUCUCGGACCAAGGCGCGCUCUCGGACCAAGGCGCGCUCUCGGACCAAGGCGCGCUCUCGGACCAAGGCGCGCUCUCGGACCAAGGCGCGCUCUCGGACCAAGGCGCGCUCUCGGACCAAGGCGCGCUGUCGGACCAAGGCGCGCUCUCGGACACAGGCGCGCUCUCGGACACAGGCGCGCUCUCGGACCAAGGCGCGCUCUCAGACACAGGCGCGCUCUCGGACACAGGCGCGCUCUCGGACCAAGGCGCGCUCUCGGACACAGGCGCGCUCUCGGACCAAGGCGCGCUCUCGGACCAAGGCGCGCUCUCGGACCAAGGCGCGCUCUCGGACCAAGGCGCGCUCUCGGACCAAGGCGCGCUCUCGGACCAAGGCGCGCUCUCGGACCAAGGCGCGCUCUCGGACCAAGGCGCGCUCUCGGACCAAGGCGCGCUCUCGGACCAAGGCGCGCUCUCGGACCAAGGCGCGCUCUCGGACCAAGGCGCGCUCUCGGACACAGGCGCGCUCUCGGACACAGGCGCGCUCUCGGACCAAGGCGCGCUCUCGGACACAGGCGCGCUCUCGGACACAGGCGCGCUCUCGGACCAAGGCGCGCUCUCGGACACAGGCGCGCUCUCGGACCAAGGCGCGCUCUCGGACCAAGGCGCGCUCUCGGACCAAGGCGCGCUCUCGGACCAAGGCGCGCUCUCGGACCAAGGCGCGCUCCCGGACCAAGGCGCGCUCCCGGACCAAGGCGCGCUCCCGGACCAAGGCGCGCUCUCGGACCAAGGCGCGCUCUCGGACCAAGGCGCGCUCUCGGACCAAGGCGCGCUCUCGGACCAAGGCGCGCUCUCGGACCAAGGCGCGCUCUCGGACCAAGGCGCGCUCCCGGACCAAGGCGCGCUCCCGGACCAAGGCGCGCUCCCGGACCAAGGCGCGCUCCCGGACCAAGGCGCGCUCCCGGACCAAGGCGCGCACUCGGACCAAGGCGCGCUCUCGGACCAAGGCGCGCUCUCGGACCAAGGCGCGCUCUCGGACCAAGGCGCGCUCUCGGACCAAGGCGCGCUCUCGGACCAAGGCGCGCUCUCGGACCAAGGCACACCCUCGGACCAAGGCGCGCCCUCGGACCAAGGCGCGCCCUCGGACCAAGGCGCGCCCUCGGACCAAGGCGCGCCCUCGGACCAAGGCGCGCUCUCGGACCAAGGCGCGCUCUCGGACCAAGGCGCGCUCUCGGACCAAGGCGCGCUCUCGGACCAAGGCGCGCUCUCGGACCAAGGCGCGCUCUCGGACCAAGGCGCGCUCUCGGACCAAGGCGCGCUCCCGGACCAAGGCGCGCUCCCGGACCAAGGCGCGCUCCCGGACCAAGGCGCGCUCCCGGACCAAGGCGCGCUCCCGGACCAAGGCGCGCUCCCGGACCAAGGCGCGCUCUCGGACCAAGGCGCGCUCUCGGACCAAGGCGCGCUCUCGGACCAAGGCGCGCUCCCGGACCAAGGCGCGCUCUCGGACCAAGGCGCGCUCUCGGACCAAGGCGCGCUCUCGGACCAAGGCGCGCUCUCGGACCAAGGCGCGCUCUCGGACACAGGCGCGCUCUCGGACACAGGCGCGCUCUCGGACCAAGGCGCGCUCUCGGACACAGGCGCGCUCUCGGACACAGGCGCGCUCUCGGACACAGGCGCGCUCUCGGACACAGGCGCGCUCUCGGACACAGGCGCGCUCUCGGACACAGGCGCGCUCUCGGACCAAGGCGCGCUCUCGGACCAAGGCGCGCUCUCGGACCAAGGCGCGCUCUCGGACCAAGGCGCGCUCUCGGACCAAGGCGCGCUCUCGGACCAAGGCGCGCUCUCGGACCAAGGCGCGCUCUCGGACCAAGGCGCGCUCUCGGACCAAGGCGCGCUCUCGGACCAAGGCGCGCUCUCGGACACAAGCGCGCUCUCGGACACAGGCGCGCUCUCGGACCAAGGCGCGCUCUCGGACACAGGCGCGCUCUCGGACACAGGCGCGCUCUCGGACACAGGCGCGCUCUCGGACCAAGGCGCGCUCUCGGACCAAGGCGCGCUCUCGGACCAAGGCGCGCUCUCGGACCAAGGCGCGCUCUCGGACCAAGGCGCGCUCUCGGACCAAGGCGCGCUCUCGGACCAAGGCGCGCUCUCGGACCAAGGCGCGCUCUCGGACCAAGGCGCGCUCUCGGACCAAGGCGCGCUCUCGGACCAAGGCGCGCUCUCGGACCAAGGCGCGCUCUCGGACCAAGGCGCGCUCUCGGACCAAGGCGCGCUCUCGGACCAAGGCGCGCUCUCGGACCAAGGCGCGCUCUCGGACCAAGGCGCGCUCCCGGACCAAGGCGCGCUCCCGGACCAAGGCGCGCUCCCGGACCAAGGCGCGCUCCCGGACCAAGGCGCGCUCCCGGACCAAGGCGCGCUCCCGGACCAAGGCGCGCUCCCGGACCAAGGCGCGCUCCCGGACCAAGGCGCGCUCCCGGACCAAGGCGCGCUCUCGGACCAAGGCGCGCUCUCGGACCAAGGCGCGCUCUCGGACCAAGGCGCGCUCUCGGACCAAGGCGCGCUCUCGGACCAAGGCGCGCUCUCGGACCAAGGCGCGCUCUCGGACCAAGGCGCGCUCUCGGACCAAGGCGCGCUCUCGGACCAAGGCGCGCUCUCGGACCAAGGCGCGCUCUCGGACCAAGGCGCGCUCUCGGACCAAGGCGCGCUCUCGGACCAAGGCGCGCUCUCGGACCAAGGCGCGCUCUCGGACCAAGGCGCGCUCUCGGACCAAGGCGCGCUCUCGGACCAAGGCGCGCUCUCGGACCAAGGCGCGCUCUCGGACCAAGGCGCGCUCCCGGACCAAGGCGCGCUCCCGGACCAAGGCGCGCUCCCGGACCAAGGCGCGCUCCCGGACCAAGGCGCGCUCCCGGACCAAGGCGCGCUCCCGGACCAAGGCGCGCUCCCGGACCAAGGCGCGCUCCCGGACCAAGGCGCGCUCCCGGACCAAGGCGCGCUCUCGGACCAAGGCGCGCUCUCGGACCAAGGCGCGCUCUCGGACCAAGGCGCGCUCUCGGACCAAGGCGCGCUCUCGGACCAAGGCGCGCUCUCGGACCAAGGCGCGCUCUCGGACCAAGGCGCGCUCUCGGACCAAGGCGCGCUCUCGGACCAAGGCGCGCUCUCGGACCAAGGCGCGCUCUCGGACCAAGGCGCGCUCUCGGACCAAGGCGCGCUCUCGGACCAAGGCGCGCUCUCGGACCAAGGCGCGCUCUCGGACCAAGGCGCGCUCUCGGACCAAGGCGCGCUCUCGGACCAAGGCGCGCUCUCGGACCAAGGCGCGCUCUCGGACCAAGGCGCGCUCCCGGACCAAGGCGCGCUCCCGGACCAAGGCUGCGCUCCCGGACCAAGGCGCGCUCCCGGACCAAGGCGCGCUCCCGGACCAAGGCGCGCUCCCGGACCAAGGCGCGCUCUCGGACCAAGGCGCGCUCUCGGACCAAGGCGCGCUCUCGGACCAAGGCGCGCUCUCGGACCAAGGCGCGCUCUCGGACCAAGGCGCGCUCUCGGACCAAGGCGCGCUCUCGGACCAAGGCGCGCUCUCGGACCAAGGCGCGCUCUCGGACCAAGGCGCGCUCUCGGACCAAGGCGCGCUCUCGGACCAAGGCGCGCUCUCGGACCAAGGCGCGCUCUCGGACCAAGGCGCGCUCUCGGACCAAGGCGCGCUCUCGGACCAAGGCGCGCUCUCGGACCAAGGCGCGCUCUCGGACCAAGGCGCGCUCUCGGACCAAGGCGCGCUCUCGGACCAAGGCGCGCUCUCGGACCAAGGCGCGCUCUCGGACCAAGGCGCGCUCUCGGACCAAGGCGCGCUCUCGGACCAAGGCGCGCUCUCCGGACCAAGGCGCGCUCCCGGACCAAGGCGCGCUCCCGGACCAAGGCGCGCUCCCGGACCAAGGCGCGCUCCGGACCAAGGCGCGCUCCCGGACCAAGGCGCGCUCCCGGACCAAGGCGCGCUCCCGGACCAAGGCGCGCUCCCGGACCAAGGCGCGCUCUCGGACCAAGGCGCGCUCUCGGACCAAGGCGCGCUCUCGGACCAAGGCGCGCUCUCGGACCAAGGCGCGCUCUCGGACCAAGGCGCGCUCUCGGACCAAGGCGCGCUCUCGGACCAAGGCGCGCUCUCGGACCAAGGCGCGCUCUCGGACCAAGGCGCGCUCUCGGACCAAGGCGCGCUCUCGGACCAAGGCGCGCUCUCGGACCAAGGCGCGCUCUCGGACCAAGGCGCGCUCUCGGACCAAGGCGCGCUCUCGGACCAAGGCGCGCUCUCGGACCAAGGCGCGCUCUCGGACCAAGGCGCGCUCUCGGACCAAGGCGCGCUCCCGGACCAAGGCGCGCUCCCGGACCAAGGCGCGCUCCCGGACCAAGGCGCGCUCCCGGACCAAGGCGCGCUCCCGGACCAAGGCGCGCUCCCGGACCAAGCGCGCUCUCGGACCAAGGCGCGCUCUCGGACCAAGGCGCGCUCUCGGACCAAGGCGCGCUCUCGGACCAAGGCGCGCUCUCGGACCAAGGCGCGCUCUCGGACCAAGGCGCGCUCUCGGACCAAGGCGCGCUCUCGGACCAAGGCGCGCUCUCGGACACAGGCGCGCUCUCGGACACAGGCGCGCUCUCGGACCAAGGCGCGCUCUCGGACACAGGCGCGCUCUCGGACCAAGGCGCGCUCUCGGACCAAGGCGCGCUCUCGGACCAAGGCGCGCUCUCGGACCAAGGCGCGCUCUCGGACCAAGGCGCGCUCUCGGACCAAGGCGCGCUCUCGGACCAAGGCGCGCUCUCGGACCAAGGCGCGCUCUCGGACCAAGGCGCGCUCUCGGACCAAGGCGCGCUCUCGGACCAAGGCGCGCUCUCGGACCAAGGCGCGCUCUCGGACCAAGGCGCGCUCUCGGACCAAGGCGCGCUCUCGGACCAAGGCGCGCUCUCGGACCAAGGCGCGCUCCCGGACCAAGGCGCGCUCCCGGACCAAGGCGCGCUCCCGGACCAAGGCGCGCUCCCGGACCAAGGCGCGCUCCCGGACCAAGGCGCGCUCCCGGACUCAAGGCGCGCUCCCGGACCAAGGCGCGCUCCCGGACCAAGGCGCGCUCCCGGACCAAGGCGCGCUCUCGGACCAAGGCGCGCUCUCGGACCAAGGCGCGCUCUCGGACCAAGGCGCGCUCUCGGACCAAGGCGCGCUCUCGGACCAAGGCGCGCUCUCGGACCAAGGCGCGCUCUCGGACCAAGGCGCGCUCUCGGACCAAGGCGCGCUCUCGGACCAAGGCGCGCUCUCGGACCAAGGCGCGCUCUCGGACCAAGGCGCGCUCUCGGACCAAGGCGCGCUCUCGGACCAAGGCGCGCUCUCGGACCAAGGCGCGCUCUCGGACCAAGGCGCGCUCUCGGACCAAGGCGCGCUCUCGGACCAAGGCGCGCUCUCGGACCAAGGCGCGCUCUCGGACCAAGGCGCGCUCUCGGACCAAGGCGCGCUCUCGGACCAAGGCGCGCUCUCGGACCAAGGCGCGCUCUCGGACCAAGGCGCGCUCUCGGACACAGGCGCGCUCUCGGACACAGGCGCGCUCUCGGACACAGGCGCGCUCUCGGACACAGGCGCGCUCUCGGACCAAGGCGCGCUCUCGGACCAAGGCGCGCUCUCGGACCAAGGCGCGCUCUCGGACCAAGGCGCGCUCUCGGACCAAGGCGCGCUCUCGGACCAAGGCGCGCUCUCGGACCAAGGCGCGCUCUCGGACCAAGGCGCGCUCUCGGACCAAGGCGCGCUCUCGGACCAAGGCGCGCUCUCGGACCAAGGCGCCCUCUCGGACCAAGGCGCGCUCUCGGACCAAGGCGCGCUCUCGGACCAAGGCGCGCUCUCGGACCAAGGCGCGCUCUCGGACCAAGGCGCGCUCUCGGACCAAGGCGCGCUCUCGGACACAGGCGCGCUCUCGGACACAGGCGCGCUCUCGGACACAGGCGCGCUCUCGGACCAAGGCGCGCUCUCGGACACAGGCGCGCUCUCGGACACAGGCGCGCUCUCGGACCAAGGCGCGCUCUCGGACCAAGGCGCGCUCUCGGACCAAGGCGCGCUCUCGGACCAAGGCGCGCUCUCGGACCAAGGCGCGCUCUCGGACCAAGGCGCGCUCUCGGACCAAGGCGCGCUCUCGGACCAAGGCGCGCUCUCGGACCAAGGCGCGCUCUCGGACCAAGGCGCGCUCUCGGACCAAGGCGCGCUCUCGGACCAAGGCGCGCUCUCGGACCAAGGCGCGCUCCCGGACCAAGGCGCGCUCCCGGACCAAGGCGCGCUCCCGGACCAAGGCGCGCUCCCGGACCAAGGCGCGCUCCCGGACCAAGGCGCGCUCCCGGACCAAGGCGCGCUCCCGGACCAAGGCGCGCUCCCGGACCAAGGCGCGCUCCCGGACCAAGGCGCGCUCUCGGACCAAGGCGCGCUCUCGGACCAAGGCGCGCUCUCGGACCAAGGCGCGCUCUCGGACCAAGGCGCGCUCUCGGACCAAGGCGCGCUCUCGGACAAGGGCGCGCUCUCGGACCAAGGCGCGCUCUCGGACCAAGGCGCGCUCUCGGACCAAGGCGCGCUCUCGGACCAAGGCGCGCUCUCGGACCAAGGCGCGCUCUCGGACCAAGGCGCGCUCUCGGACACAGGCGCGCUCUCGGACACAGGCGCGCUCUCGGACCAAGGCGCGCUCUCGGACACAGGCGCGCUCUCGGACACAGGCGCGCUCUCGGACCAAGGCGCGCUCUCGGACACAGGCGCGCUCUCGGACCAAGGCGCGCUCUCGGACCAAGGCGCGCUCUCGGACCAAGGCGCGCUCUCGGACCAAGGCGCGCUCUCGGACCAAGGCGCGCUCUCGGACCAAGGCGCGCUCUCGGACACAGGCGCGCUCUCGGACCAAGGCGCGCUCUCGGACCAAGGCGCGCUCUCGGACCAAGGCGCGCUCUCGGACCAAGGCGCGCUCUCGGACCAAGGCGCGCUCUCGGACCAAGGCGCGCUCUCGGACCAAGGCGCGCUCUCGGACCAAGGCGCGCUCUCGGACCAAGGCGCGCUCUCGGACCAAGGCGCGCUCUCGGACCAAGGCGCGCUCUCGGACCAAGGCGCGCUCUCGGACCAAGGCGCGCUCUCGGACCAAGGCGCGCUCUUGGACCAAGGCGCGCUGUCGGACCAAGGCGCGCUCUCGGACACAGGCGCGCUCUCGGACACAGGCGCGCUCUCGGACCAAGGCGCGCUCUCGGACACAGGCGCGCUCUCGGACACAGGCGCGCUCUCGGACCAAGGCGCGCUCUCGGACACAGGCGCGCUCUCGGACCAAGGCGCGCUCUCGGACCAAGGCGCGCUCUCGGACCAAGGCGCGCUCUCGGACCAAGGCGCGCUCUCGGACCAAGGCGCGCUCUCGGACCAAGGCGCGCUCUCGGACCAAGGCGCGCUCUCGGACCAAGGCGCGCUCUCGGACCAAGGCGCGCUCUCGGACCAAGGCGCGCUCUCGGACCAAGGCGCGCUCUCGGACCAAGGCGCGCUGCGCUCUCGGACCAAGGCGCGCUCUCGGACCAAGGCGCGCUCUCGGACCAAGGCGCGCUGCGCGCUCCCGGACCAAGGCGCGCUCCCGGACCAAGGCGCGCUCCCGGACCAAGGCGCGCUCCCGGACCAAGGCGCGCUCCCGGACCAAGGCGCGCUCUCGGACCAAGGCGCGCUCUCGGACCAAGGCGCGCUCUCGGACCAAGGCGCGCUCUCGGACCAAGGCGCGCUCUCGGACCAAGGCGCGCUCUCGGACCAAGGCGCGCUCUCGGACCAAGGCGCGCUCUCGGACCAAGGCGCGCUCUCGGACCAAGGCGCGCUCUCGGACCAAGGCGCGCUCUCGGACCAAGGCGCGCUCUCGGACCAAGGCGCGCUCUCGGACACAGGCGCGCUCUCGGACACAGGCGCGCUCUCGGACCAAGGCGCGCUCUCGGACACAGGCGCGCUCUCGGACACAGGCGCGCUCUCGGACCAAGGCGCGCUCUCGGACACAGGCGCGCUCUCGGACCAAGGCGCGCUCUCGGACCAAGGCGCGCUCUCGGACCAAGGCGCGCUCUCGGACCAAGGCGCGCUCUCGGACCAAGGCGCGCUCUCGGACACAGGCGCGCUCUCGGACCAAGGCGCGCUCUCGGACCAAGGCGCGCUCUCGGACCAAGGCGCGCUCUCGGACCAAGGCGCGCUCUCGGACCAAGGCGCGCUCUCGGACCAAGGCGCGCUCUCGGACCAAGGCGCGCUCUCGGACCAAGGCGCGCUCUCGGACCAAGGCGCGCUCUCGGACCAAGGCGCGCUCUCGGACCAAGGCGCGCUCUCGGACCAAGGCGCGCUCUCGGACCAAGGCGCGCUCUCGGACCAAGGCGCGCUCUCGGACCAAGGCGCGCUCUCGGACCAAGGCGCGCUGUCGGACCAAGGCGCGCUCUCGGACACAGGCGCGCUCUCGGACACAGGCGCGCUCUCGGACCAAGGCGCGCUCUCGGACACAGGCGCGCUCUCGGACACAGGCGCGCUCUCGGACCAAGGCGCGCUCUCGGACACAGGCGCGCUCUCGGACCAAGGCGCGCUCUCGGACCAAGGCGCGCUCUCGGACCAAGGCGCGCUCUCGGACCAAGGCGCGCUCUCGGACCAAGGCGCGCUCUCGGACCAAGGCGCGCUCUCGGACCAAGGCGCGCUCUCGGACCAAGGCGCGCUCUCGGACCAAGGCGCGCUAUCGGACCAAGGCGCGCUCUCGACCAAGGCGCGCUCUCGGACCAAGGCGCGCUCUCGGACCAAGGCGCGCGCUCGGACCAAGGCGCGCGCUCGGACCAAGGCGCGCGCUCGGACCAAGGCGCGCGCUCGGACCAAGGCGCGCGCUCGGACCAAGUCGCGUGAGGCGCCUCACUUCCCCCCACCCACGCCUACACCCUUUUUUUCCCCUUCCCCCUCCCCGUCUUCCCCCCCCAACGCACUUCUCCACCACCUGCACAUUGGGCAGCGAUGUGAAGAGCGGCCCUCGGUGACCUUCACUCUCUCCCUUUCCCCCCUCUCUUAUCCCCUUUCCUUUCCCUGCAUCCCUCCCCCUCUUCCCCCCCCAACGCACUUCUCCACUCCCUGCUGCUCCUUGGGCAGCGAUGUGACGAGCAGCCCUCGGUGGCCCUCACCCUAUCCCCACUCCUCUUCCCUGCUUCCCUUCCCCCUUCCCUUCCCCCUUCCCUUCCCCGCUUCCCUUCCCCCUUCCCUUCCCCCUUCCCUUCCCGCUUCCCUUCCCCCUUCCCUUCCCCCUUCCCUUCCCCCUUCCCUUCCCCCUUCCCUUCCCCCUUCCCUUUCCCCUUCCCUUCCCCCUUCCCUCCCCCCUCCCCUCUCCCCGGCCUCCCACCCCCAACGCACUUCUCCACCUUCUCCUUGGGCAGCAACGUGA